CCCCUAAAUACCAGAAUCAAUUGAAGUGAAGAAAAGGGAAAAAUUUGUAAAGGAGAAUAACAAAAUAAGUUAAAGAUAAGAACCAAAAUAAGUGUGAAAUAUGAAAAUAUUCUAAUAAAUAAAUAGCCAUUUGCUAUCUGUUAUCAAAAUGAUUGAAUUGGUGCGUGAUAAAGCUGCGUUAACUAAAAUAAUUUUAGGUGCAGAACAUACUAAGACGCUCGAUAAUAUUUUCCAAGCAGCCAAUAAACAUCCGAAUUCACGUGUUUCGAAACUAAUACACACUGUUGAGGCGGAACGUUCUCAAAAAAAUAUAGUUCUUCUGCUUAUGGAGUUAGCAGAGCACGCAGAGUAUGCUACUGAUUUUGGCAUAUCUUUAAAAUACUAUUUAGAUUUAUUUGAGCAAUUGGGUAUAGGACGAGAAAUUGUAUUAAAUGAAGCCGGCUUGUUGCUAUUGAACUCUUCAAAAAUAUAUUCAAGGCGAGUCGAUUUUGUACAGGAUUUAGUGGAGCGCCAAAUACUGACCUUGAACAAUGCGGACAAGGAAAUAGAGGAAGACAAUGCUAAAAAUCAAACAAAGGACUCAACAGAAAAACCGAAACGCACUCGCAAACGCCUAGUAGCGCCAGUAGAGGACCCUUAUGAAGUAGAGUUAAUACCAAGGAAAUUUCGCAAACUAACCGAAGAAAAGCGAUUUAUGCGUGGACAUCCGCAAGACAAACCUAAAGUAAUGUCAUCUAAGUUCUAUCGAAUCGAAUCGGAGCAAUAUAUACACCCGGCGGCAUGGACGCAUGCAAGUAUUGUUGAUCUCGAAAAUGAGGAAGACAUUGAUUCCAAACGAAACUACAAGCUGUUCACAUAUCAUGUGGAGCAUAGGUAUAAUACCUUGGUGGCAGACAUUAAUUUUCGGUUACACUUCAAAGUAAAAGACUAUAUUGAUGAGGAAGAAGAACGGCUGGCAGAAAUAGAAGAGCGCAAUAACAGUUCGGUUAGCGAUUUUACAGAAUGGCCUCCACUUUCGGAGGAGUAUGUUGAAAAAUAUUUAGAUUUAGAGAAUAGAGCUUUGGCCAUAGGAGAAGCCUUAAAGAAUCGGAAAGGAGCAGGACUAGCGGAAAAUUACAAAGAGGUUACAAGGUUACCCAGAGAAUCUAGCUUUGAAAGCAAUCACAAUUCGACCAAAUGCAUAAACGUAACUAAUACUGAUUCCAUGCAACAUGAAUCGGGUGUUGGUGAUAGCAUUAGUUUGAAUGAUACCUCAAGUAUUCAUAUUAGUUCAACGGCAAACAGAUCUGAAAUACUUGAAAGUAGUGAAAAAGAGGCUACAAUAACAACUGAUGAGGACAUGAGUACAACAAAUGUAACAGCACAAAGCUCAAUGCUGGAUUGUACCCAAACGCUGAACUCGACAGAGAAAUCAGUUUUAGAAUGCUGCACCGAAACCGAAAAUUCAAUAAACGCUUCAGCCAUUAAUUCACAAACGAAUUCAAUGGAAUCGAAUGGUUUAGAAAAUUCCAACGCAUUAAAUAUAAUGGAUCAGAGUGGAAUUACCAACAAUAGCAUAGAAAAUCGCCCAGAAAACGAUACAGGCUUGGGUGAAAGCAUAAACAAGCAAAACGAAACAAAUGACUGCAAUAAUACAAAAAAUAAGGAAGAUGAUUUAUUAGCUGAAAGUACUGAUGUAGUUGAUAAUUUAUCGGCAACAAUUAAUGAAGUACAGUGUGAACAAAAUGAAACGGGAAUUGAGUUGACGGCUGAAAAGAAAACUGAAAAUGAUAAAAACGAAGUCAACCUUGAUAAAAUUCGUGUUUACCUACCACAUCUAGACGACGAGGGCGUAUACUUCUCGGAUUUGGAUGAUCAGGAACACCGAAUGCUGUCCCCAAGAGUGAUUACAACCGAUGUUUUUCCUUCCAUACCAGGAAAGGAGAAUAUAACCAUUAUUGUCGAUGACGAUAUCAGAACGCUUUUAAAUAUUGAAGAUGAUGAACCACCCCCUACAUAUACGAUCCCUGUGCAAAUACGGCCUUCUACUCCCCCUUUAGAGUUGAAUAUUUUCAAAUUUCACAAAAAAAUACUUAAACGACGCUUACUCUUUAAGCUUGGUCCCGAUAUACUUCUUCGAUCGAGUUCAACGAAACGAUAUCAGUGUGGAGAUGCGAGUGAUCAACGCCAGUAUAGGCCAAUGAAAUUAUUCAAUGAUGCAACCGACGAGUUAUGUGCUACCGAAACAGAUUACAAUAUACUUAGCGAUUGUGAAGAUGGAGAAGAAUUCCUGGGGUUUACAGAAGAAGAGCAAGCCAAUAAAAUCCUACAUCGUUUGAGCAGGGAUUCGGGCGUUGACGCAGAUGUGCCGCUAGUUCCCAACGUAUGCAAUCUGGAUGUGAUAAGCGAGGAUUUAAAUGAAGCAACGCAGUUGCAGGAACCAAUAGCUACUAAUGAGAAAAUCGUGGAUUUUAAUGAAGCAACGCAGUUGCAGGAACCAAUAGCUACAAAUGAGGAAAUCGUGGAAGGUGUUGACAAAGGCGAAAACGAUUUGGCACCAAAAAAUACUGAGGCUUUGCUGCAUUCGAAAGAGAAUGAUUGUACAAUUGAAGAUGCUACAAUUGAAGAUUCUGCAUUGGAAGAAUCUACAUACCCGAGUGAAGUGCCUAACGACGUUGACACUGAAAUUAAUAAUACAAUUAUGGACCCAACACUAUUUAUUGAAAAUGAACUCCGAAACUCAGGUAGCGAGCAGGACGUUCAGAAUUGUAAAACAAAGAUUCAAAAAUGGCAUGAGUAUUUGCAACCAAUCUUAGCAAAAGCACGGGAUCGUCACCAUUUCGACGUCUUUCAAUUGGGUACGGAAAUUAUGAACGAGUUGCAAAAACCAAUUAUUUCACGAAACCAUAUAUCAGCUUCAUCUAUCACCUUCCAAGACGUAAUGAUCAAUAAGGACGACAGUUACGUGUCACGUUACUUUUUAUCGACUUUACUACUGGCGAAUCAAAAUAACCUUAAAAUUGAUGUUAGCGGUAAAUGCACUGAAGAGCCGUCCAGUUGGAGCGACAUAAACUUGGAAUUGUUAGACACAAAACGGCAUACUGUAGCCAUAGAAGACAAUAUCGGCAUGGUGCAACCGAAAUUGAUAAGCAAAAGUAGCACCACAAAGCAGAAUUUGAAUAAAUUAUCUGCCACACCUGAGUUGGGGUGUAAUUCGAGGCUUAAUAUUAGCGAUGAAGUGGUUAAUGUAAAUUUAAAUGUUUUGCGUCCGUUAAAACAAAUUGAGAAACUGCAAAGUACAAAUGACGACUAUGAUUCGGGUAUUUUCUCAAAUGAAGAGUGCUCGUCAUGACAACAGACUGGCACAGCUUCUCCGUUACUGAUGACUACUAUGUAGUGUAUAUAAGUUGCCGUUAUUUAGCUUAGAAUAAGUAUUGGGAAAUUAAUAGUGCAUUUUCAGGGCAUUCUUCGUUUGCACAAAGUCAUCUUUAUGCAAUAUGAUUCGAAUAAGUAAAUAUCACACCUGUGUGUGUGAGUGCAAUAUUUUGGAAUUAGCUAUAUGCAAGUGUAUUUGAAGUGAAAAGAAAAAAUAUGCAUUUUUAAAUAUUAUGCACGUGGCAAGCAAUAAUUAUAUUUUUCUUUACAAUUUCUUAUCUUGCAAGCAGAUAAACGUAACAAAUUUUUUUUUUUUUUGCAAAUUAUUGGUAAAGAAAUUGUUUCAUAUUACGGCUAUUCACAAUUAAAUGCAAAUGACCUAGCAACUGAAAUUUAUUAUGUCAAAAGUAUACAUUUAGUUGUAUAUAUUUUUUAAUAUUUCACGUUGCCAGAUUAAUUGCAUUUUAUUGUGGUUUGCCGUAAUAUAUUUUCUAAUAUUUCUCUUUUAUUUGCCAAUACAACAGCAAAUAUAACUUUUAUAAUUUACAAUAAAUUUGAUAAAUAACUAAAUAACUUUGUACCUGAUUCCUUAAUGAAUGUUGAGGAGGGUAAUAUGCCUAGGGCAAUAACUCUAGAAAUAAGGCGUACUUAGUUUUAAAAAAAUUAUCAAGCAGUACUGCUACAUUUAUAUUUCAUGAGGAAUCGCACCCAAAUUUCAAAGAUAUAUGAAAUUAUGAAUAAAACCAAUUCAGAUGUACAUAUGUAUAGAGAUAUAUUACCGUAGCCAUAAGCAUUAAAUUUAAGUAAUAGUUAUGAAAUAGAACUAUUGAGUUAGUUGUAAAAUGUUUUCAC